AUGAUCCGUUUCGACGAGUCACCUUCAGUUGAAAGUCUAACGACAAAAUUGGUUGUUUCUGAUGAACUAUCGUUGAUUAUUGAAAAACAUACAAACGUUAAAGACCUAGAUACGAAGCAAAUAGAUCAGUUAUUAAGUUUGAUAAAUUCAUGGAUGGAAUCAUUGCAGAAAGAAAUCAAUUUUAUCGAAGACAUAAUGGGUGGAAAAAUUCAAUACAUGUCCGCAAUCAACGAAUACAAUUUUUGGGAUAAACGUUAUAAUAAUUUCAAAGCAAUGCUGGAACAACUGUUGACCGACAAAGUAGUGCUAAAAUGCAUAAAUAUUUUGGAACAAAUUUCUAACAGUCAAAUCGUUUUAUAUACGAUGAGGAUAUUUAAUGAAUUAAAAAAUGACUUUCAAAUAAUGUAUGAUACCACUGUUAAAAACACCAUGUAUUUCAUGGAAUUGAUUUACGAUGGAAUUGAUUCAAUCAUCAACGCGCCAUUUAUAAUUAUUGUAGAAAACUUCAUACCACUGUACAACCAUUUAAACCUAAUGUGGUUAACAUCAAGUUUGUUUAGUCGGAAAAAACAAAUGGAACGUCUACUCGAAUCCAUUUCAAAUUCGGUUGCCGAUAGAGUUUCUAUAACCUUGAGUAUACCUGAGAUAUUCCGAUACAAAACAUCUAAAGCUGCGGACUUGGUCAAAAGUGGCUUAUAUAUUUUGGACCAAUGGGAAAUGACUUAUACUAAAUUUAAAAAGAAUAUUGAGGCAAUAGCCGCCCUUUACUACCGAGGAUGGGCUUGGGAGUUUGACGAGGAUAUACUUUUCCGUCGAUUACGUUUCGUUCGUUUAAUUAUACGUGAUCUGAACAAAAUAAUGAAGAUUAUAGAACUGAUAUUAAUGCGUCCUGAAGUUAGUCAUAUUUUCAAAAAUAGUUCAGAAAGCCAUACAUUUAUUAAAAAUUACAUUACUCGAAUGUUUUUUGAUUUGGAAAUCAAUGUGUAUGAUAGUAAUAGAGAAGAAAUGUGGAAAACAUUAAUGGAUCAAUUUCUUCAUAGUUUCGAAAUUAACGUCUAUAAUAAAAUCAUCCAAUCGAUGAAAAUUUCAAACAGUGCAAUUAAUGAUGUUAAAGUAUUGCAAUUUUUCGAGAACAUGAUGAUUCGACACACGCUAAUAAAAAAACUUCGUCCAACAUACGUGAUUAUUUUAGAAAAGUUCGUUGUAGAAAUUAAUAAUUAUAAUAAACAAUUCAUGUCCUUACAAGAAUCUCCUCAAUUAGUAUUUGGUGUGCCUCUGGUGGUAGGUAAAAUUAUUUUAGUGCAAGACCUUCUUCUAAGAGCAAAUAGGACCGCUCGCGUCGUUGAAUCAACGAAAAAAUUUCCUCACAUUCAGAAAACCGAAACAUUAUCAGUAUACAACAAGUUUUGCCAAAAAAUCUUGAAAUAUAAAAGUAAUAUAAUUGAUAAAUGGUUGCGCGAUGCCGAAAAGAUUGAAGGGCAUCUAGUGGAAUGCCCUUUAUGGACUUUUCGUGAAAAUAAACUAAUAUCCACUUUUGACAAAGAAUUAUUUUUUUUCAUAGACACAGCACUACACCUACAUCUUCUAGGUCACGAUUUGCCAAUAAUUAUUAUGAACUUAAUAGAAAAACAACAACGGAUAAUACUUAAUAUAAAGAUGCUUGACUCGUUAUUGGAAGUCUACAACGAAAUAGUGGGUAGCAUGGAUGCUCCAAUUGCUUUGGCAAUGGAGCAUCGCUUUUCUAAAGUAAAACUGGUUAUGCGUCCUGGUUUUGAAAAGAGAUGUAAUUAUUUAUCAUUACACCUACCGAAAUUUGUUAAGCAUUGUUUGCGGUCUCUAAAUAUAUUCAACACAAUUUAUAAGGAAAUUAAAUUAUUUCAAUCAAUCAUAUCCGAAAAACUCAAAUUAAUUGAAAAUCUAAAGUUCUUCACAGUAGAUCCAAAUGAUGACGUUCAAGAUAUUUACGUGUUGUUUGAUCGUUUUAUAUCACAGGGAGAUAAAAAUAUGUCAGUUAUAACUAGUUCUAUGAACUAUAUAACUAAAGCACUAAACUUGAUCGAAAAAACUUGUUUCAAUUUAGAAAUUGAUGGCCAUGAGCACAUGCGUUUAUUGUACAAAAAGUAUGAGAAAGCGCUAUACGAUGCUUUUAUUGGAAUGGUCCGUAACAAUUGUAAAGCGUACAAAAAUAUAUUGGACGGUAAUCGCGUAACCUUUAUGAUUUACGGACAGCUGAUCGAUGAUAAAUUUACUCUUGUUCCCAAUAUCAACACCAUACACGCCACGUUGACCAAGGCCAUGGACGAUAUGUUUAACAGAUUGAAAUCCGUGCCUAGAUGGCUGAGAACCACUAAUAUUUUGUGUCCAUUCAUGAAUAGCAUGGGAACUGAUGAAUCGCAUCUACCCUAUACGUAUUACCCUCACGUGAUGAAAUGCGAGGACGUAUACGAUAUAAAAAAAAAAUGUUGUAAUACGAUUGCAAUACUUAUCAACCGGUUGAAAAUAACAAUGCUGAAAUUUGGAGGAUUUGAUUUCAUGUACGAAAAACGAAAUAAAUUAAUAAUUGAUCAGUUCAUUGAAACAAAUCCAACACUGGCUGAUUACGGAGAGAAGUUGAAAUAUUUCUCCACGCUAUCGACCCGUGUUGAAUGCGAGUUGUAUAUAGACUAUGGCUGUGUUCGAAUCGACAUUUCCGAAUAUAUCACUGUGUUACGGGAACGAUGUGAUUUUUGGCAUUCAGUUUAUGCGAAUCAAUUAAUACUUGAAUGCGACGAUAUUAUGGCAAAGUUUUCACAAAGGAUGGUGAUAUUAGAAAAAAAAUUAAAUAAUCAUUUUCGAAAUUGCCAAGGACUCGAUAUCGUAGAAAAGGCUAUUAAAAAAAUCAGACAAACGGUAUUUCAUGCUGAUUCUACAUUUCACGAAAUACAUAAUCGGUUUCAUUUCAUGAUGCGGCAUAAUAUAACUGUACCAAAUUAUCUAUUGAAUAAUUUCAAAGAUGUACAAAAUAAUUGGCAGAUUUUGUGCAAAGAUGCAUUAAGCCGAAGCUUAUGUUUUGAAAAUGCAAAAACAGGUCUUGUAACAAUUAAUAGCUUAUAA